AUGAUUCGCGGCCAAAGGAGUUGGCUUCUGGCCGUUCUCGGCUUCAGCGUCGCUUUUGGCGUUGCGUCACAAGCUAUCCGUAAGUUUGUUGCGAAUUAUUCGAAUUGUGUUUUGCUCCAAAAUGUGUUUUUCGACCAUUUCCAAUCACUAUUUAUAUUAUACUAGACAAAAAUUAUCAAAAAAUCACGAUUUCUUUCAUCCCUUGUCCCUCACUGCCGUUCAUAAUAUCAAAAAGGAGAUCCCAAUCUCCGAACUGAUAUCGGUAUUUACACCGCGCUCGAAAAUGUGACCUUCACCUACAUUCAGAGCCCAAAAAAGAAGCCGUCCCUUCGAAAAGGGCGAUCACUUUAUGACACAAUCAGAGUAAAGUAAUCCGUUUUGAGGAUUACGAUGGCUUCGGUAAAUGAUAAAAUAAAAAGGAAAUCCGUUCGGAAUCAGCGACUUAACCUACUGACCCAGAACGCCCGACGCCCCCUGAGGCGGUUUUUCGUAAUCAGUCCGAAAAAGAACACCCGCUGCGAAUUUGUGAAAAAAGUUUCAAAAUAAAAGGGUGUCUGCAAAUUGAGUUACUUACGUUAGAAAAUAAAAAAAAAAAUAAAUAAUUGGAAUUAACAAGUAGAGCCGCCAAAUUUCAGCGGUAAUCUCAACAUGCCCUGAGGGCAAUUCGGCAGUCUUCCUUCUCCAGCACAACACGACACAUGGAGUGGCUCUGAGAGAAGUCCCCACCAGCAGUUUCCUCGAUUGCUCCGAGCUUUGUGCCGCCGGAAAUGUAAGUAGAAAUCUGAGAGAUCAGAGUGAAAAAUAACUCGAACUGCUUUUGCUUCUGCACGGAAUAAUAUUAUUUGACUAACACGACGUCUUGCUCGGAAUUUUGUCUAAUAUUUUUUAAGUUAAAAUUGAUUUGUUUGUGAUUAAAAUUUGAGGCCUUGUUUCUAACCAGGUGUAUAAUGCCUCCACCAAAAAUCAACUUGUAAAUUGGAAAAGUUCUUGUCAAAAAAUGUUUUGUCGUCUUUUUCCUUGGUCUCUUAAAAAAAUAUCGUUGAUUGUCUGAUGGAAAAGCAAAGCUACAAUUUUCAGUGACCUUUAUGUGAUUGUCGCAGAAAAAGUAUGCCAAAUUUGAAGCCAAUCGGAAACCGUUAGAUAAAGAUUUGUUUGACCUACGAUUAGUUGUUUUUCCUAUAGAAUUUACAGUUUUUUGUUAAAAAUUUCAUCUUCUGUUCUCUGAUUUUCCCUCCACAAAUCUGAUCUCUACAGUAACAUGAGUUCACCUACCCUAACCGAGCCUUCCCGUAACCCCUCACCGUUCCCCUCUCUGUUUCCAUUCUGAAUCCAUGGGGCUUUCUUUUAAAGCGCUGGGCUCGUGAAGGUGAAAAGUUCGAUUCGCAUUCGGCCGCCCUGCUCAUGCGGGUGCUGGAUCUGCCUUGGGAGUUGGCGGCGGACUGCGCCCUGCUCCGUCGUUUCAACCGCCGCUUAGCCGAUGAUUUACAGGAUUGCGUGGGCGUCGAGUAUCAAGCCGGGAAAUGUCGUCUGAUCGGUGCUCCCAAGGACAACGAGAUCUACGAGACUGCCGCCGAGGGAUCGUCGUUGGUCACCAAGACUUGUGUCAAGGUAAGAAAACAACUGAAGUUGAUUUUGAGUAUAAAAAGGCAAACAUAAAGAAAAAAUUUAAUUUUGGCUCAUGAGCAAAAAAUCGCCAAAAGUGAUCGUUGAAUAUCUCGACAGUCAUUGCAAAUUACUAGUUAAAUUUUUUAGUAAUUGUGUGGCCUGGUAGAAGCAUGAGAUCCAGAUUUAAAGAAGAUUUGGCAAUGAGAUUCUCAUUCUAAUUUUAAAAAAUAAUUUCAAAAAUUGAAUAUUGAAAAAUAAUAAUUUUCCAGAGCGACCGUGUCUGUCACUCCCCCUUCCAAUUCGACGUCCAAGAGCAGAAGAUCCUUGUUGGAUUUGCCCGGGAAGUUGUCCCCGCCGACUCGAUCCAAGUCUGUCUCUCGGCCUGUUUAAAUGCCUUCGAAACUUUCGGCUUUGAGUGUGAAUCGGUCAUGUAUUAUCCGGUGGAUGCCGAGUGUAUCCUCAACACCGAGGAUCGUCUUGAUCGUCCCGAUCUUUUCGUCGAUGAACACGAAGAUACCGUCAUCUACUUGGACAAUAAUUGCGCCGGCUCCCAAUGCUAUGCCCCUUAUGUGACGCAAUAUGUGGCUGUGGAGAACAGACAACUCGUUGAGGAGUUGGACCGCACUUUCCAUGGACUCACUCUGGAGGAGUGCGAACAGAUCUGCACAGAGAGGAUUACUGUAGGAGCCAAUGACUUCAAUUGCAAAUCGUUCAUGUACAAUGCCAAGAAUAAGACUUGCAUUGUGUCGGACGAGAGAUCCAAGCCACUGGGAAGAGGGAAUCUGACCGAAGCUGUGGGAUUCAACUACUUCGAGAAGAAGUGCUUUGCUUGUAAGGUGGAAAUUGAAAAAAAAUCCAUUUUUCGAACUUUAUUUCUUGCAAAUUUAGUAUUUUUUCGAGAUGAUUUAGUCCGCUAUGAUUGUUGAAUAUCACAACACUAGUUGCAAACAGCGAGCUAAAAUUUUUAUGUAUCAAAAUAUGGACUAGAUAGAGCACUUAUUCAAAUUUUUAUGGAAAUCCGGUCUCCGAGCACCGAGAAAUUCAUUUCCCAAAUUCAGUAGAUUUUUGAUGACAUUUUAAACUAAAAUUUGGUAUUUCAGCUCCCCGAACCUGCCGUAACACUGCCUCGUUCACCCGAGUCCCCCAGAUGCUUCUGGUCGGCUUCGCGGCCUUUGUGAUGGAGAACGUUCCCUCCGUGACCAUGUGUCUCGACCAGUGCACCAAUCCCCCUCCAGAGACCGGCGACAACUUUGUGUGCAAGUCAGCCAUGUAUUACUACAACGAACAAGAGUGCAUUCUGAACGCGGAAUCCCGCGAAACCAAGCCCGAGUUGUUCAUUCCGGAAGAAGACGACUUCCUGGUCGAUUAUUUCGACAUCAACUGCCAUCUCCAAGCCGAGAAAUGCCCUCAAGGCAAGGAAUCGUCGGUGGUCCGCUCGCUGAAUGCCGCCUUGCCCGAGGGUGAAGGCCCCAUGCAUGUGAUUGAGAGUUUCACGGGAGAAGUGCAGGAAUGUGCCAAGAAAUGCUUCGGCUUGGCCCCCGAAAAGUGCCGCUCCUUCAACUACGACAAGGACAGCAAGCUCUGCAACCUGCUUUAUUUGGAUGGAAAGACAACUUUGAGGCCUCAAGUGAAGAGUGGAGUCGAUCUCUACGAUCUUCAUUGUCUCUCGCCGGCUCCAGCCUCGUGCCAAGCCAAGGAUGGCGCUCAGUUCUCCAGGUAUUUGUACACAAAACAACCGGGAUUACCCUCGCAACAACUGGAUAUUGUCAGUUUGAGCACUUGUUUGGAGAGAUGUGCCGAAAGCGAGCGAUGUGAGGGAGUGAAUUACAAUAGAAGAAGUGGAAAUUGCGCCCUGUUUGCGACCAUUGAAAAGGAAGUUGGAGCUCCCAAUGAUCACAUCGACUUUUACAAAAACCUCUGUCAAGUCAAAGAAGUGGAUUCUGGCGUCUCUUCGGCUGCGAAUGUCCCCAAAGAGGAAGUCAAGGAGCCUUCAGGACAUGUCAGCAGCAAGGCCAACCGUCAUCCCAUCCUCGAGAGUAACCAGAAAAAGCCCAGCAUCAAGGAGAAGGAAGAGUCCAGAUUCGCUCCUCCCAAGACCUCGGAAUCUGAAUCCACCGGCGAUCUUCCCUCUCUCCCAGACGCCAAGCUUGAUGUUAAGGCCACUGGUCAUAUUGCCCCGACCGGCCCUCCAGUCUUGGUCGGCCCUGAGGCAGUCCACACCAUCUGUAAUUACGAGGGAAUCAAGGUCCAGAUCAAGAACGACAAACCCUUCAGCGGAGUUGUUUUCGUGAAGAACAAGUACGACACUUGCCGUGUGGAGAUUGGAGAGUCUGAUUCCGCGACUCUGGUCCUCGGUCUUCCCCACGAUUUCGGCAUGAAACCCAUUCUUCUGAACGCUUUGGCCACCGAUGAAGAGAAACAGGCCGAGCUGAAGCUGACCAAAGAGAAGCUGGCCGACAACGAACAACAUCGGGAAGAGGGGCAGCUUGCGGGCAAUGAAAUCAGACGCAAACGACAGGCGACCAGAGAUUGCGGCAUCCAGGACAUGAACAACGGCACCUACAGGACCACGGUCGUUGUGCAGACCAACAAUCUGGGCAUCCCGGGAUUGGUCACCUCCAUGGAUCAGAUCUACGAAAUCAGCUGUGAUUACAGUAGUAUGUUGGGUGGGAAAGUGACCACCGCCGCCAACAUGACCGUCCACGGCCCCACCCCAUCGCUGAUUCAGCCCAGAGGCAAGAUCGAGCUGGGCAACCCGGUGAUGAUGCAGAUGAGCAUGGCCAACUCCUCGGAGACCAAGCCCGUCAUCCACGCCAAGCUCGGCGACAUCCUCGAAUUGCACUGGGAGAUCAUGGCCAUGGACGAGGAGCUGGAUUUCUUUGUCCGCGAUUGCUUCGCCGAAGCCGGAGGGAAGGAGAGAAGGGAGGACGAGAAGCUCCAACUCAUCGAGGACGGAUGCCCCACCCCCGCGGUGGCCCAGAAGUUGAUGCCCGAGCCCAUCAAGAUGCAGGGCUCGGCCGUGAAGAUCGCUCAUCUGCAAGCAUUCCGCUUCGACUCGUCGCCGACCGUCAGUGUGACCUGCAAGUUGGAGAUCUGCAAGGGAUUGUGCAAACCAACCCAAUGCAAUCUGUUGAAGGGCGUGCAGGAGAGUUGGGGAAGGAAGAAACGGUCCGUUCAGGAGAUCGACAACUCCGUUACUGAGUGUAAGUUGGGCGAUUUUUGAAUGACGUGGAAGAUUUUAAGCAAUUUUAUGGCAAUAUAUUGCCAGACGUGCAAUAAUGAUGACUAAUUUUAAAUUUUCGCCAAAUUGAAGCGAAUUUAACCGGUUUUAAUCCCUCAGAAAUUACAGUAGUCCAUCUAAUGCUUCUAUUUCAGUCGAGACCAAGCGUUACAAGAUCCCUCGCUUCGCGCAGGCGACCACUUCUUUGGUGAUCAUCGACCCCCUCCAACAGAUCAACGACCCUCUUCCGCAGGUGUCGCUGAGCAAGAACUCGCCCGUCGAAUUGGCCAACCAAUCGCCGGAGAUUAUGCAGAGUUUGGCUGUGGCCCCUGAGGGUCAGAUGUGCCUGAACAAGUACUUCUUGUUGGGCACCACGGGCAUCCUUUUGUUGAUCAUCUUGGUGCAGGCUCUGGUGGUCGGAAAACACAUCUUUGCGCGAUUACACAACGACAACCCCAAAAAACAGUACUAUUGA